CCCUACUGGCUCCUAUUCACAGGGGUCAUCAGUCUGGUUCUCAAGGUCUCUCCCGAGCCAGGUAAGACACCAUGUUUGCAUAAGAGAUACAGAAGAUGCUCAAGGAAAAUCAGUUAUUUCCAUAUAGAUAUAACCUUGAGAUCUAGAGCUGCACCCUGAGGAUGUCUUUAGAGUCACUACAGCUGCAAUCUCCCCACCAGUGUUUCCCUUUCUUCAUGGUUACAUAUUUAGCCAUUCUGCGGAUGCCUUUAAAGGGACGAUCAAUGGGCUAUAAAGAAAGUGAUUGUGCUGCUUGAUAAGCCUCGCCUGCAUAUUGGAACGUCUUGUGCAGGUCUAGUCUUGUUGGGUUUAAAAAAUAAAUAAAUGAGGAGCACAACCUCGAUGAGACAAUAAAAGUCCCCAAUCUGUUGGUCAAGGCAGGGGUCCCAGUAGAUGGCUAUUCCUUUGAUGAUACAUGUUCGAUCAAUAACAAUUUGUAAAAGUCCUGAAAGGUUUCUGAAUAUAUGUAUUUUUAAUCUUCUCUGGCCAAACCGCUACUCAUCCCAUUGUGGAAUGAUGCGCUUAUAGAAGUAAUGAAUGACUUUUUUAGUGCAGCCUUCAAUAAACAGUUGAGGAAAAAAAACGUUUCUUUUUAUGUAGCCAAUACAUUUAUAGUUGGAUACAGAAAGAAAUGCUGAAUGCAAAAGGCAUUAUAAAACGAUGCAUUUAAUGCACGUUAAAUCAGUCAAUAAGGUUAAAACUUUUUUAAUUGCACGACCACAUUAAAAGGAAACAAUCUCUUGCCUCAAACCGAAGGGGGGGGGGGGGGAAUAAAUCAGGUUGUUGCAAUCGCGGAUUUUGACCAUGCUCAGAUUAAACAUGCAAAUGAUGACCUCGCCUGACACUGAAGUAAGCCCAUCAGAACAGAGGCAACUGAUUCUAGAACGGCAUUUGAGCUGUCCCUGGGGUUUGACGUUUAAUCGAUAUAGGCUACAUGGUUUCAAAGAGCAGGCUAACUCAUUUACUACAGAUAUUAUGCAUUUUAAUAGUAGGCCUAAUUAAAAUCAUUUCUGAUAAGAACGAAACGUGAAGUAAAAACCGAUGCAAAAAAACCAACAAAAAAAAACCUACGGAGCAAGUUUCUCGAUUGAUCAGACUCUUUGUGGCACAUGAACCCCGUAAAUUAUGAAUACGAUUCCAGACCCCUGGUGGCGGGUGGAUUUACCGCUGAUAGGAAGUCGUCAAGGUGGCGAUCAAACGUGCAAAUUGCUGCAUGCAAGAUCUAAUGGGGGCUGAGAUCCUCGUAGGUGACUCCGAUAUCGGCCACGCUAAUCCCAGGCUUCAUUAACAGACCAUCAGACCAUGUUUCGCGUGCGAGUCUCCGCCUUCCGUCUCAUUGGGAUUUUCAUGCUUUUAAGUAUGACAGAAUCAAUCUCCCCAGAGUACCACUACUACAACCAAAUCCUGAGCUGGAGCGACGCGCGGAGCUUCUGUCGGGGCAAGCACAGCGAUCUGGCCACCGUGACCUCCAUGGAGGAGGCCCAGCUCCUGGCCCAGACCACCGCCGGCCGGGGCGACGCCUGGAUCGGCCUCCGUAACGACGGACCCGCCAAGUGGCUGUGGUCGGACGGAAGCGGAGAGCCGCUUCCUUUGUUGUGGAUUGCAGGGCAGCCCGACUUUUCGGGUGGCUGUGUAGACACGAUCGCAUCGGGCUGGAACGAUUACAAUUGUACUACGACGAGACGUAAUCUUGUGUGCGAAGAUGCACAGUUGCCGCACUAUUACCCUCAGCCCGAUUUGUGGGAAUGGACCGCUGCCCGGGAUCAUUGCAGAAGCCUAGGUAUGGAACUACCCAAAAUCAAAGGCAUGCCCGAUAUAGCACCAAUCCUCACUCCGUCGCUCCAUGUCUCCGUCUGGAUCGGCCUCUUCUGGGACCGGUGGGCGUGGUCCGACGAGAGCACCACCUCCCUCAGGUACUGGACGUUGGGCGAGCCCGCCAACCUCCAGGGCUGUGCGAUUGUCAACGUCACGGACCAGGGCCGGUGGUACGAGGAGCAGUGCGAGACCGAGAUGCCUUUCGUCUGCCAGGGCGCUGGGAACUUGCGGAGGGUGCUGAUCAAGUUAAAGAUGGAGUCGGAUGGUGACCUCGAUCGCUCAGCCGCCGGUGCUCAACUCCUGAAGCAGCUCGAGGCGCAGUUCAGAAGUCAGGGGAUAUCAGAUUUCCAACUCAGCUGGAAGGGCGACAUCCGUCGUCAGGAUGAGAUCAACGAGAACCCUGCAGCUGAGAGCCACGGUCCAGGUCCCUGCGAUAAACGGAAAUGGAAUGACUGAAGCAACAGACCUCCUACGUACACACAUACACACGCACACGCACAGUCACAUGCUUGCCAACCAUACGAACACGUAUAGAUAGACAGGCACAGUAUUUGCAUGUGUAUGGAGAUGAGGAGCUUAUUAUUAUUAUUAUUAUUAGGCAAAACUCCAGAGUUCAGACGUUAUAUCUGAGUUUCCGGUAGUUGUGUGCAUCCCGUGUGAUUUAUUUUUUAACUUACUUAUGAAGUAAUUGUAUAUUAUGACACAAUUAUGAGAGUUCGACUAGAGAGUAGACCUACCAGUUUAUUAUGAAAAAACAUGUUGAGGUCCUGUCGGUUAAAUGUGAGAAUUGUUGAGGGAGAGAGCAUAAUUCAGAAAAGAAACAACCCCAGGAAAAUGCCCCUCCCUCUCUGACCCUCCCUACCUAUCUCCACCCUCGAGGAGUGUUUUAGUCAUGCAAAUUAGUUCCCUGAACAAUCAGGGGAGGAUAGUCUUGAUUGGUCCGAAAUUAGCCAAAAAAUAAUGGUCUCAAAGAUAUUCAAAAAUAAUGAUACCCUCAUGAAAGGUCUUAGAUCUUACGGCACAUUACACAAUGUUAAAAUAAAUAUGAAUAAAAUAUAAAUGUCAAUAAUACAAAUAAUUCCAAAUCAAACAAAGUAGGAAUCGAAUAAAAUACUGAUCUAGGAGGGAUCCUUUAGCGGGAUGAGGGUCAGGGGGUGUACUGUCGUUUAGCCUGCGGACCCCUUUGAGACCGGAGCUGUUAUUCGAGAUAUACAAAUCAAGUGGACCAGCUUGGUGUUUGUUAGCAGGACGAGGAAGAUAUUUCACAAUGCACAAAGACACGAGUGGAAGUCCUGCGUGAUAGAGAUCAACAUGGUUUAGUGCUUGUCAAUGUUCCUGUUUGAAAACGUCCUGCCCGGUGGAGUAGACGAUGAGACCUAUACUUUGAUAACCUUCAUCUAAUAAAAGCUUUAGACAUAAAUCAAGUCUGCGUGGCUCGCAUUUAUUCUUAUUUUAGCCUACAAAGGAUGUAUUCACGUGAUUAAAUGAUAGUUGUUGUUAGCGUGAUUUAUACAUCGUGUUAAAUUAUGUGUUCUCAUAAUGUGAUCUAUAUAGGCUACCCCUAUAUUAUGUGGAUUACAACCUAUUUGCAUCCAACUUCAUUGUACACCAAUGUGAUUCGUUGUUUUAUUUUGUUUCUGUAUAGAAGUGCAUUCUGGGUCAUAAACCGUUAGUGGAGACUGUGCACAUGCCAUGGCUGCUGAUGAAGUAGGCUACCGGAGCUGUGUAGAAAUUAAUAAACAGAUAAAGGAAA